AUGCGUUUUUUGACGAAAAUCUCUUUGCAGCCAUUCUCAUAUUCAUCACUGCAAAUUGCUGCAGAUGACCCAAGUGGCCGUGCUCGUGAUAAUGCUCGUUUUGGUGCCAGUUUCGGUGGCGCUGGUGCUGGUUGCGUUGGUAGCCGUGGUGGCCAUGACUCGUUCCAAUGGAGUUGAGCUGUAUCGGCUGCUGCUGCAUUGGCCUGCUCCGGUGCCACUGGUCGGGAAUCAUUGUUAUUUUUUUCUCCGGAACAAGGGGAUGAGCCUUCGCCGUCAGCCCUCUGUGCCUUCCGGGAUCUUUCGUUCCGUCUUGGGAAGAUGAAGUAUACCGGCUUUUUUACCAAUUCGAUCCUCUAA